UGUAACGGCAGCCAUUUCAAAUUUUAUGUGUUUCAAAUUUUAAAUGUUUAUUUUAUUUGUAGCGUGUUAUAAAAAUUAAAAUAUAAAUAAUAAGUAAUUAUGCUGCUGCCUUCACAGAACUACGUACCCAAAUUGCAAAGCAACUCGAACAUCUAUUUGCUGAAACGCCGCAUUGCCGAAGAUGGCACAAAAACGCAAACAAAACUCUUCCAGGCCUUCCGCAAUGAUAUCCAAGACCACAAGCAGCCAGUCGAAGCCAGUCAAGAGUGCCGAAGACAUAUCCAGAUCUACUAGUGAUCAAUCUCACAAAAAACAUGGAAUUCGCAGCUUCUUCAAGAUUUUACCUUUCCUGCCGCGAUUCAAGCGGAAAACAAAGACCAAUCAGCGGAAAGUGUCUCAAAUAAGUCGUAUUAAAAUACGUUCAAGUUCAUCCUUAACCAAUCAUGAUAAACGCAAGCUGAUACGACUCUACCAAAGCCAAGAGAACCUCUAUAAUCCCAAUCAUCCCGAUUAUGGCGAUUCCAAUUGUGAGGAUUCAAGCUACGCAAAAAUUUCCAGCUUCUUUCCGAGCAAAACAUGCCAAGAGAUCCAGAGCUACAUUCAUGAGCUGCGUCUGCUCUUCGAACGCGAAUAUAUCGUUAUUGAGAAUGGCUAUCGAAGAUUUGGCGAACUAUUGAAGCCAUCCAUCAAAUAUUACAAUGAAUUUCUAUUCUUGGUGCCUUUUCUACGCUUUAGUUGGGACAGUGCAGCUUAUUUACCGCCAAAGGAAACCUGCACAGACGACUUCAUCUCGUACAAUAGUUGCACCUCUGAUGGCACUGAUCGCAUUAUGUCCAGCGGCGAUGACUUGAUUGGAGAGCAUCUUAAUCGCUCGUCAGCUGGUAAAUGUUUUUUCUUCGGCAAGAAGAAGCAGACCAAGAAGAAUGCCAAGAGCGAGGACGAUUUAGUGCCGAAAGAGAAGCCUCCUGCUGUCUUGGAUGCCAAGCAAACAUUGCCUGAGAAGCCAGAUCCAGAAACUGCCUCAUCGCCGCAGAAGCGAUUAUCAAGGCAUAGUGAGGAGAUGGCAAAAAAUGGCAAGACCGUGGAAGAGCAUCACGAUACGCCAAGGAAGUCAAUAACCGAGCAUCACGAUGCGCCAAGGAAGUCAAUAACCGAUCAUCACGAUGCGCCAAGAAAGUCAAUAACCGAUCAUCACGAUGCGCCAAGGAAGUCAAUAACCGAUCAUCACGAUGCGCCAAGGAAGUCAAUAACCGAUCAUCACGAUGCGCCAAGAAAGUCGCUAACCGAAGAGCAACAUGCGGCACAGAAGUCCAAAUCCGAUCACAAAGAUGCGUCACAUAAGCAAUUCUCUUUUGGCAAAAAAACGCCAGCUCAGCAGAAAGGUUCAACAGAAUUGUCAGAGCAGGGCAGCCUUGAAGCCAGGCGAGAUUCCUCCAAUAAGCGACUAUCCUGGAAAUCAGAUCUAUCAAGCGGCAAAUCUCAAGAACCUCUAGACACAAGGAAAUCUGUGCAAUCAACUAGAUCAUCUCAAGCCUCAACUUCAGUUCAUCGCGGCAGCGUAGAUCGUGCCCCAUAUCAGGUCAACUCGUACUAUUCCGAUAGUCAGAGUGCAAAAACAAGCCUGCUGCAGCAACAGCAGCGAAGACCAUCACAGCAAUCGCAACCAACCUAUCCGGGCAAUCAAGAGCAACUGAAUAUGUUGUGUGAGAUGAUUAAAAUAGAGCUGAGUGCAUCGCCGGAUUUCAUCUACUACGAUGCCAAGUGGCGCAUCAUUGAAAUACUGCGUGAGGUGCAAAAACGCAACAUGAUUCACAGCAAAACCGAUCCAACUGCAUGCAAAAGCCUAGAGUCUUCGUCAGCUGGUCGAAGAGAAUCGCAGGCGCAGAAACAGCAUUGCAGUUGUUUAGCGACAACCAAUUGUCUCAUCAACCGGGAGGCGACUCCUAUACAACGCAUCCCCUGUCCAGCGAAUGCCACACGUUGUCCCUACUGCUGCAAGCACUGA